CUUCGUUGGUACGUGCCUGGUUGGUACUACGAGUACUACACACCAACUACACACCACGUUCUUCCUCAAGUCCAUUGGUGACUUUCCCAACACCAAAUGAGGUACCUUGCUGGAAGAUUACCGUUCAAAGUUCUGCUUUCCUAUCUUUGUGUCCAGUGUUGAUAUUCAACAAGUAUUUUGACUUGACCUAAGCCUCCCGCAACUUAGGGAACUCGGUCAUUCUUGAAGAUGAAUAGUAAGUCAGAUAAGAGGAAAGGUUCAGGAAAAGGCAAAAGUGUCUCUAAAAAGUCAAAAGGAGACUUGAAGAAAUGUCAAGUUGAUUUUUCAAUGAACGAAGACUACGUGUCUGAUGCUUUCAAGCAGCUGUUCUCGAAGUUCUGGAAGGGCGAAGCCGCCGAUCUGACAGACAGCUCAGCAGUUGGCUACAAUGAGCCAUUCCGCUGCUGCCAGCUGCGGAACUUCGUCCAAGAUCCAGCGGGACUCCUACGGGAUCUCCGAGAUCAACUGCUCGACCUGGAGUUCAUCGAGAAGAACAACGACCUGUACAAGUUCGAGCAGUCGGAUGAUCUGAAGAACGCGUCGUUUCCGGCCGUGGCGGGCCUGCGCCGGCUGCUGACCGGCCCCCUGCUCGCCUGGCUCCGCGAGCUCACCGGUAUCGCGCUGACGGAUACCGUCGCGAGCACCUGCUCCCGGUACCAGUUCACGGACGGCCUGCUCUGUCACGACGACGAGCUCGAGGGCCGCCGGAUCGCCUUCGUGCUGUACCUGGUGCCGCCCUGGGAGCAGGGCGAUGGAGGUCUGCUGGAUCUGUUCGAUAGGGACGAGAGCGGCCAGCCUCGCGCUGUAGUGCGCUCCCUGGUCCCGGCCGACAACACGCUGGUCCUGUUCGAGGUGACGCCGGAGUCGUUUCACCAGGUCUCCGAAGUACUGUCUGACGACAAGUGUCGGCUCUCGGUAAACGGCUGGUUUCACGGCCCACCGGUGGCCCGUCCGCCUCCACACGUCGAGGCCCGGCCGCCACCCCGGCCGCCGAAGUCCGUGGAGGAGGAGACUGUGUACGCCUGGAUCAACCCCAUCUACCUGGCUGAGGAGACACAGCUGGACAUCCGGCGCCAGUUCGAGGCCGACUCGCAAAUCCAGCUGGAGGACUUCCUGCUGCCGGACAAGUACGCGGCCGUGACUGCCGCGCUGCGCGAGCUGCCCCAGUGGGAGGCGGUCGGGCCGGCCAACCGGCGGCGCGUCGAGCGGUGUCGGCUGGACCAGCUGCCCGCCGAGGCGGCGCAGUGUCUGGCGCUGCUGGAGUCCGAGGCGCUGUUCCUGGUGCUCAGCCAGCUGACCGGUCUGACGCUGCACCGACUGGCCGCUGAGCCGACACCGGAGGAGGGGCCGGCCUCCUCCGCCGACAGCGCCGACGACGACAAAGACGGCAGCACGGCAGUGUGCCGGACCGAGGUGCGCCGCUGGAGACCCGGCUGCUACACGCUCGUGCACGACCACGACGCGUCGCAGCGCGAGGAGGCGCUGGACGCGCGCCUGUUCCUGGGCGUGGAGGAUUGGUCGGACCACCUGGGCGGUUUCACGUCCUACCUGGCGCGCGGCGAGGAUACUGAGCUGCUGUCGGUCAGCCCCGUACCGAACGCCCUCUCGUUAGUGUACCGGGACGACGAGACGGUCCACUUUGUUAAGUACAUCAACUCGCAAGCGAAGAGUAAGCCGCCCUUUUACGAUGUGGCAUGCACUUACUAUGAGUGAUGACUGUGCGCACUACUUUGCGCAGUGCACUUUGUUAUAUCGCUGGUGAGCCUUUCCUGUGGGCUUUUUGUGAGUUUUGAGGUGUCAAGGUGUCAUUUUUAAGAAAACCAGCAGAAGAAUAAAGGUAAAUGAAUGUUAAAAAAAUAUGCAACAUGUUAGAGCGUUGGCACAAUGUAUUGGCUCAUCAAACCCGCAUUUCGCCUUUUUUAGAUUGUUUACUGGGUAUUUUUUUGCGUCUCAACUUCGGCUUACUUGGCUUCCACUCAUAUCAGUGCAGGUGUGCGUGCUAUAAUAAAUUAGAAUGCCUAAUACUGUGGCUUUUAUGCCAUUCGCUGGCACAUUUCAUAUUUGAUGUAGUGUUAGGUGGGAUAGCAAGAGCCUUCGAUGAGGCUGUUUUAUAGGGAUCCUGGGCGGAAUCUUGCGUUGGGCUGACUCCGGCUCGCGGAUAACAUUUGGUAGCGGAACUCUACAUAUUUAUUCGUUUGCAAAACGAUUCACUAGGCCCCACGCUCAUUUUCAUGGCCUUGAAGAUACUCACCAACUAAGGACUACGCUCACCAUACUCACCAUCGAGCACCAUACAGCACCUAUAACUGUCGGGCGUCGCCAUCUAAAGUUGAUCGGUCCACAGCCUGCAACUCAUUGCACAUCGGUCGAACUUAGAACCACACACACUUUGCUCUUGUUCAUAUGCAGCCGAGGAUUGUACCUAGUCCCGAUAAAGCG